AUGCUACAAGAAGAUUCAAGUGAUGAAAGAUUACCGAUGACGGGAAGACUAACACCGAUCGGUGGUGCUUCAUCGGAUACCGAAUAUGGAAAAAGUGCUAAUGAAGAAUUUAAUGAAAAAUUAGUUUUACUUGAAGAACAUGAACGAUUAAAUGCAUCACUUUCAGCAUUAACUCGUCAUUUUGCACAUGUACAAUUACGUCUUCAACAAGUUGUUUCAGCACCAACAACUGAAGAUCGUGAAAAUUUACUAUUAGAAUUACAUGAAUUUGCAUCAAGUGGUAUACCGGAUGUUAUGUGUCGAUCAUCAAUGUAUACGACUGAUCGUACGAAUGAAGAAUUAAUUGAAAAUGAAAAAUUACGUGAAAAAGAAUUUAUUAAUGAAUUAAAACAAAAAUUAGAUGAAUUAGAACAUUAUGCAGCUGCAUCCGGUUCAUUAGAAGGUGUACCAACAUCUGUAACAAUGGAAAAACAACGUGUACUUAUUGAUCAACUACGUACUAAACUUGAUUUACAAUUAGAUGAUGCUUCAGUUUCGACAUUAUCAGCGGAAGAAUUAAGAAAACUUGUUGAUCAAGCUAUUCAUCAGUUAACUAAUCCAGUAAAACUAAAAGAGAAUUUAAUAACUCAAAUGCGUACACAAAUAAAUGAUCUUGAAAAAUUUAUUGAAUUUCUUAAAGCUGAUUCAGCCAAUGUAGCAGCAGCUGCAGCAGCUGCUUCAUCAUCUCUUUCAAUAAAUGAUAAAAAAAGUAUCGAAUCAUCAAAAUCCUCACCAAAUAAAUCAAAUCCGACAACAACAUCAAGUCCAUUAAAAAUGCGUCAAACAACAAAUAGAUUAUCUUCCGAAAAUCAAACAAAUUUUUCUCAAACAAUGAAAAAAUUUCUUAUACUUACACAACUAUAUACAUUUUUAUUAUUAACAUGUGGUACAAGAUCGAUGCAAAAAAAAUCAAAUCAACCAACACCAAAUAUGAAAAAAGAUAUUGUUGCGAAAAAACAUUUUGGUGAUAUUCGAGCAAAACUUGAAGUAGCUAUUGAAAAAGUUCUCAGUGCUGUAAGAUUAGCAAAUACAAAUUCACGACAUAAUCAUGGUCAUACAGAUAAUGACGAUGAUGAUGAUGAUGAUAAUUCAUCAAUUACAACUACUGAUAAUGAAGAAACAGUACCAUUGGUUGAAAAUUAUUAUCAAUCUUGGAGUUAUACAAAAGCAACAGGUUUUCAUGAUGCACUACAUUCACUUGAUCGUUUAACUUCAAUUGAUUUUCAUUUACCAAUAAAUGUAUCUGUUCGUCGUUUUAUGAAUAAUCGAGAUCUGAUUGAAUAA